AUGCGCGCCUCAUCCCUUGCCCUCGCCCUAGCGGCCUCAACCACCAGCCUUGCUGCUCCCCUCACGAAGAAGGCCAACUACGACCCCCUUCCAGGAGGAGACAUCGACAUCCUGAACUAUGCCCUAACACUCGAAUAUCUGGAGCGCAGGUUCUACCAGGAGGGCCUGGCGAACUACACACAGCAAGACUUCGCCGCCGCCGGCUUCGAUUCUGUCUUCUACAACAACCUCAAGACCAUCUACUACGACGAGCAGCAACACGUCAGCUUCCUGUCGGGCGCGCUCGGCGCCAACGCCACCAAGGAAGCCUCCUACUACUUCCCCAGCACCGACGCGGCCUCGUUCGUGGCGCUGGCCUCGGUACUCGAGGGCGUGGGCGUGUCGGCGUACCUCGGCGCCGCGGCCGUCAUCGCCAACAAGGCGUACCUGACGAUUGCGGGCUCGAUCCUGACGGUAGAGGCGCGGCACUCGGCCUACAUCCGCGCGUCGCUGCGCGAGGGCCCCUUCCCCAAGCCCUACGACACCCCGCUUGACUUUAACCAGGUGUACUCUCUGGCGGCGCAGUUCAUUACCGGGUUCGCGCCAGGGAGUGCCGCGCUGCCGUUCAUGGCCUUCCCGCCGCUGACGGCCGUGCCGGACGCGGCUGUGGUUGUUGCGGGCUCGACGGGCGUGAUAUUCGAAUGCGCGUACACGCACGCCCUUGAUGGCGGGCUGGUGACGUCUGGGCAGACGGUGUAUGCGGUGUUGUUCUCUGGACUGGACACGUACUAUGCGCCGGUGUAUGUUGAUGGUGACAGUUACCGGCUUGCCCAGAUCCCCGUGGGUGCGGACGGCCAGCUGCCGCCUUCUGGUCAGGUCUAUGUUGUGCUUAGUACCGCCGACGGUGCUACCAACGUGGUGUGUGACGACAACACCUUGUCCGGGGUUGCUGUUCUGGAAGUAUGCCUGUGA